UAGGCAGCCGUCUGUUCGUAUAAGCAAAUUAGUAUUAAACUUUGAAUAGUGCACGUUCACCAAAUAUAAGGAUGAAUAAUCAAUGCCGAGCUUGUGGGUCUGCCAUGUAUAACACCAAAGGCAGGAACCUGUUCCAGAAGAAGAACGCCAAACUGUUGUUGAACUUCAAUUUGGUGACGAACAACCUAGCGCUGAAAAAGGAUCCGCGCGUACCCAGCUGCAUAUGUGCAUCUUGUGCAGAAUCUCUGAAUCGCGCAGUCAUAUUCCGAGCACGCGCCCUCGAGACUCAGGAGAACUUUCUGCAACAACGCGCGGGACUGCCAGAAAACGAUCUGCCAACAGACGACGAAACUCCUGGCGAAACAUCCAAUUCAGAGGUGAAAGCGCAGGAUGCCGACUCCCUGAUGAGUGGUCUGGAAAAUGAGCUAGGCGGUAAAACUGGUUUCGACGGGACUGACGCCUAUGAGACGGCGCAGGUUGCUGAUUCACUGAUUACGAGUCUGCAAAAGGACUCGGGACACGAAAAGAAGAAGAGCAGUAUUACUGAAAAUAUCAUCAAAGCUCCAAAACAAUUGGCCGAUAACUCCACCUUCAGAUCCUCUCCAUCCACUACUCCAACCUCCAGAUCCCCUCUAUCCACUACUCCAACCUCCAGUUCUACUCGACCCUCUCGUCUAACCUCCAAAAAUGCCGCUCAAUCUGACAAACGCCAUCCUUUGCCCAAGAAAAUCCUCAAGCGACGAAGCUGCACAAUGAAUAAGCUCAAAUGCAAAUUUUGCGAGCAAACCUUUGUAAGCCCCUUUGAGCUCAGUUGCCACAUGCGAUCGCACACGGCGGAGACAUCAUGCAAGUGUUCAUACUGUGACCGAGCGUUUUCAACUAAGGGAAACACCAUCCGUCAUGAGAGAACCCAUACAAGGCAGGCGGCGUUUGUCUGCCCAACUUGUGACAUGUCCUUCACCCUUGCUACUGUGCUGAAGAGACAUAUUAGUCUUUACCACACUCAAAUGAGCAUGUCAUUUUAACUCCAAAGAAUGCAUUGAUCCAUUCGCGAAGUAAGCUU